AUAAGCUAGAUUUCUCAGAAUUAAUAGGAUUCAUCCUCCAUGAAAUGGCAGAGCAGAGCAUCCCUGAAUCCUCUGAGAUGUUCACUGAAAUCCAAACAUCCUACAAAUUCGACAAAACCCCCCACGAACAAGAUUUAGAAUCCUAAUUUUAAAAUCGGAAGCCGGUUGGUCGGACAAUUGGACUUGGGACAGGAAGCUCUUCUCCUACCUCGGAAAAACCUAAAACCCAAGUUUCAGGUUUUUCCUGUGUCUGCAAGUCAGCAACUGCAAUUUCUGAUUCCCUUUAAGGUUUCCGGAAAAUGCGUUGGGCAGCCUCUUCAGUUGCAGUCAACUCCUCUGCCUCUCUUCUACUUUGUUGAAGCAAAUCCAGAGGUUGUACUCAAAUAAUGGAUCCUCGGAAGUGUACUUUGUCUGGUGGUGUAACUUCUCUUGCCAUGGCACCUUCAAGCAUUUUAAAUAAGUUGAAUGAGAAGGCUCAGUUUGAAAAAGAAGAGAGGGAUACAGGUCAUGCUAUCGAGGCUGGAGUCGAUAUAGACAUUAGAGAGGUUUAUUUUUUGAUUAUGCACUUUCUGUCACUUGGGCCAUGUCAGAGGACUUUCGAACAGUUUGGGAAUGAUCUUCUGGAACAUCAGCUUCUACCUAGAAGGUAUCAUGCUUGGUUUUCAAGGAGCGGAAUAGGAAGUGACAAUAGUAAUGAGGAUGCUACCUCUUUCCCAUUGAGUUACAGCAACUUGGUUGAAAGGUAUCCUCAUAUAGAGAGAGAUCACUUGGUAAAGCUUCUAAAGAAACUGCUACUGAGUAUAGCCACUCCAUUGCAUGGCAAGGUUGGAAGAAGUGCUCUGAAUGCAGCUGAUGUCCCUACAUUACUGGGAACUGGUUCCUUCUCGCUUCUGGAUGGUGAUAGGAAUAAGGAAAAUAAGAGAGUUAAGCCCCUGCCAGCUCACCUGCGUUGGCCUUACAUGCAGGCUGAUCAAAUUCAUGGCCUUAGUUUAAGGGAAAUUGGAGGAGGUUUUGCAAAGCAUCAUCGAGCUCCAUCCAUUCGCUCUGCAUGUUAUGCGAUUGCUAAACCAUCAACUAUGGUGCAGAAGAUGAACAACAAAAAGAAGCUACGGGGGCACCGUAAUGCUGUUUACUGUGCCAUUUUCGAUCGGUCUGGGAGAUAUGUUAUCACGGGUGCAGAUGAUCGGCUUGUGAAGAUUUGGUCAAUGGAAACUGCACUUUGCUUGGCUAGCUGUCGUGGACAUGAAGGAGACAUUACUGACUUGGCUGUAAGUUCGAACAAUGCUUUGGUGGCAUCUGCUUCAAAUGACUUUUCCAUUCGAGUUUGGCGUUUGCCAGAUGGAUUUCCAAUUUCAGUUCUUCAGGGGCAUACUGGAGCUGUGACUGCUAUUGCAUUUAGUCCCAGGCUUAGUGCUGUUUACCAGCUUUUAUCGUCAUCAGAUGAUGGGACUUGUCGAAUAUGGGAUGCUAGGUCCUCCCCGUGCCCACUGCGAGUAUACAUGCCAAAACCUCCAGAGACUUCAACUGGGAAGAGCAAUGCUUUUGCAAUCACUGGAUCCUCCUCGAGCAAUGGUCCACAGAGCCAUCAAAUACUUUGUUGUGCUUACAACGCCAAUGGAACUGUUUUUGUCACGGGUAGCUCUGACACUUUUGCAAGGGUCUGGAAUGCUUUAAAAUCUAAUACUGAUAACUCAGAACAACCAAUACAUGAGAUGGAUGUACUGGCUGGCCAUGAGAAUGACGUAAAUUAUGUUCAGUUCAGUGGUUGUGUCAUUCCUUCAAAGUCUUCAUUUUCUGACUCUGUCAAGGAGGAGACUAAUGGGAAGUUCAAAAAUUCCUGGUUUUGUCACAACAACAUAGUUACCUGCUCUCGUGAUGGCAGUGCCAUUAUAUGGGUUCCAAGAUCACACAAAAUCCAUGGGAAAGUUGGACGUUGGACACGUGCAUAUCAUCUAAAAGUUCCACCUCCCCCACUUCCUCCUCAGCCUCCUCGAGGAGGUCCACGUCAGAGAUUUCUUCCCACCCCUCGUGGUGUUAACAUGAUUGUGUGGAGCCUGGAUAACCGCUUUGUGCUUGCAGCUAUCAUGGAUUGCAGAAUUUGUGUUUGGAAUGCUGUUGAUGGUAGCUUAGUACAUUCUUUAACCGGUCACACUGCAUCGUCUUAUGUUUUGGAUGUGCAUCCCUUCAAUCCUCGAAUUGCUAUGAGUGCUGGGUAUGAUGGGCAAACAAUAGUUUGGGAUAUAUGGGAGGGCGUGCCUAUUAAGAUAUACGAACUUGGACAUAUAAAAUUGGUUGAUGGGAAGUUUUCGGCGGAUGGUACAUCAAUAGUACUUUCAGAUGACGUUGGCCAAGUAUAUUUAAUAAAUACAGGAGAAGGCGAGUCUCAAAAAGAUGCUGAAUAUGAUCAGUUCUUCCUUGGGGAUUAUCGCCCCCUUGCACGGGAUGAGUUUGGAUACCUGAUUGAUCAGGAGACACAACUUUCCACUUACCGAAGGAAUCUUCAAGAUCCUCUAUGUGAUUCAAGUAUGAUACCAUACCCAGAACCUUAUCAGAGUACAUACCAGCAACGACGACUUGGUGCUCUGGGCAUGGAAUGGCGUCCAUCAUCCAUGAAAUUUUCUGUUGGUGUGGACAUCAAUACUGGCCAGGAUUAUAUGAUGCCUCCUUUGCCAGAUCUGGAAAGAAUGAUUGAACCACUACCAGAUUUUAUUGAUGCCAUGUUGUGGGAACCAGAAAAUGAGGUUGUGAGUGAAGAUACUGAUUCGGAGUAUAAUGUUACUGAUGAAAAUUCCAGUGAAGGGGAGAAAGGAAAUAUUAGCACCAGUUCUUCUAGUGAUCCAGACUGCAGCGAAGAAGACGGUGAAGCUGGAUGCAGUCAUAAGGACAGCCUUCGUCGAUCAAGGAGAAAAAGACCAAAGGUUGAGUCUUUCGAGAGGCAUGUCAAGAAAAGGAGAGUGGGUGAGCAUGAUCGCGUUAUAUCUGGGAUUAACAGAACUAAAAUAAAAAAAGGUGGCCGGAAAGUUUCGAAGUUGAAGUCUAAAGCAAAGACAUUGAGACCCCAGCGAGUGGCAGCACGCAAUGCUCGAACUGUGUUUUCUCAGAACCCUGGGACAUCCACAGAAGGAGAAGCAGAUGACUGGGAAGAUGAUUCAUCAAAUAGUGAGUCACUUCAGCAAGAAUUCCACACUCAAAGCAGUGAUGUGGAUUUCCAGAUAAUGCAACGAAAACAUACUAAAGAAGAACCAUCUCUACAUGAGUUUGGCAAUAUAUCCCAGCCUCUUGUAGUUUCUUCGUCUCAGUCAAACGUCAGAAGGAUGCCGAAAUUGGUUUUUAAGAUUAAGAAGCAAGAGGCUCCAGAGGAUGUAAAACUCAAAGACAACAAUCAGGCUGAUUUUGUGUCCCCAUCUUCUAGAUGUCAAGAUGCCACUCCAAUAACCAGAUUAUUAACAGCCCUGUGGAUCCAGAUUCCUCUUCGGCCAAAUUUGGUUGACCUGAACUUUUCAAGAAAUCUCUUAGACAACGAUUUGACAGAUACUGGGAAAACUGAAAAGAAUGGGAAUUCUUUGGAAGCAUCCGCAAGUUACCAGGAUAGCAGAGUCAGAUUGGGCGAGGUCAAGGUGCGCACACCAAAGCAUAAAAGAUCAGUAGACCCCAUACCAAUCGAUGUAGCCACUGGGUCGCUUGCUAAUUUUAAUGCACAUAUAGAAGAGAUGAAUAAUGUCCAUCGGUAUGUUAAUCCUGAGAGUGAUUGUGAACAGUUUUGUAAUCAUUCAAAAAAGGGAAAAGAAAAUUAUGGAGUUGUCUUGCCUUGCAGGGUUGAGGAACGUACUGGAACACGUGCAUUUGAGGAUCUGGAUGGUCUCAGAAGUAGAGAGCUUUCUCAUACCGACGAGGCCCUUGUAUCUUCAUCAUUUGAUUCCUCAGCUUUGGGCGAGCACAAACAAAAAGGAAUUGAGGGCUCUCUGGAGAUACAGGAGCUUGGUAGAAGAAAGCACUCUGGUGAAUCAAGGAAUAAUGCUUCUCUUAAAUUUCCCGCAGAAAACUUAACAAGUUCUAGAGAUUUAAUCCCCGACGAUUCUUCGAGCAUGGAUCCAAAUUCAGAUUUGGGGGUACUGAAAGUGGGUGAAGGUGCUGGCAGAUCAACUUCUUUGAAGUUUGUUUGCAAGCACAGGAUUAAUUCAGAAGGUUCUGGUGGUAAGGUGGAAGAAUAUGCAACAAAUAUCAACGACCAUCAUGAUUCAGGAAUGGAUCUCCCUGCAGCUGCAACCAAUGCAAUACGUGGAACAAGAACCUUAAAGAUCAAAGAAACUUCAUGGAAGGUGGACUCUAUGAGCCAUAGCCCUAAGUUGAGGUGGGGCCAUCAAACAGUGGGGACAUCAGAAGAUGCAGAAGACUCCUCUGCCAAAUUGUGCAAGGAGAUUCAUCAAAGACCAAGGUCUACGAGAGGUCGUCAGGGGGGUUCAUGUACUGAUUAUGGCCAAAGUUCCUCAACCCGAAGCAUGUUAGUUAACCCUGCUGGCAAGUUACCAUGGCUGAUGUUGUCGAAACAUGAGGAUGGUUACCGUUACAUUCCUCAGCUCGGUGAUGAAGUUGUAUACCUGAGACAGGGCCAUCAAGAGUAUCUAAAACUAGUCAAUAAUUCAGAAGAGGGUCCUUGGGAAUCAAUUAAGGAAAACAUCAAAGUUGCGGAGGUUUGCAAGGUUGAAAGCCUCGAAUAUGCUUCGCUGCCUGGUUCUGGGGAGAGUUGCUGUAAAAUCAAACUUAAAUUUGUAGACCCUUCUUCUGCUAUCUUUGGAAAAGCGUUGAAGUUGACUUUGCCUGAAAUUGAUUUUAAUGAUUUCAUUGUUGAGAAAACGUGGUAUGAUGCUUCUAUUAGAAGAAACUGGACCACUAGGGAGGAAUGCGCGGUUUGGUGGAGGGAUUCAAUUUCAGAUGGAGGUGGGACUUGGUGGGUAGGUCAAAUUAUUCGUUGUCAGCCCAAGUCACAUGAGUUUCCCGACAGCCCUUGGUUAAGAUAUGAGGUUCGGUACGAGAAUGAUGAUGAAACCCAUUUGCAUUGUCCUUGGGAAUUGCGAGAACCGUCCAUAGUAGAUGAUCCAUCCUCAUGCGAACAGCCCCAUAUUGAUUCUGAAAGCAAAGAGAAGCUGCUGCGUAAUUUUUAUAAAUUACAACAGAAGGACUUCCAAACAAUCCAACAAUUGAAUCAAGCUGUUCAGAAGGCGGAUUUCUGCAACAGCUUUCCAGUGCAAUUGUACCCUGAACUAAUCCAGUCGAGGUUAGAGAACGACUAUUAUAGAAGCUUGGAAGCUGUGAAGCAUGAUAUAACGGUUAUGCUGACAAAUGCCCAGUAUUACUUCAAGAGAAAUGAAUUGCAAGCGCGGAUUAGGCACAUCUCAAAGAGGUUUAAGAAGAAACUGUCAAAGUUGUAGAGGUUUUGAGUAAAAGAAGAUAUAACCGUCUUCCUUACUCCCGUAUACAGCUCUCUCUUUUCAAUUUUGUAUUUUCCGGCCUUAGCCCCGGUUGUUUCAUUUUUUGGUAAGGCAGUCCUUCCAAAGGGGGAGUGAAAACCACAGGCCAAAGGAGAUAAUUUGCUGUAUAGACUCCUUCAAGAUCACAAGGAUGUUUGUCUCAUGUGGGGAAGAUAAGCAUGUCAGUUGUUUGGCAAAAGAAAGAAUUUUACUAUUACAACUUAGAACCACAGAAGAAAAAAUAGGAGAAUUUUGCUAUAUUCUUCUCUCAAACAAUCCCCCAUUUUAUAUAAUUUUUUCUUUGCAAUUUAUAAA